CCACCACUUCCUUCCAGCAGGAUAAAGGAAAGCCUGCCAAAUAACUCAGAGCAGGAAAAGAAAGUGAGAGAAAGAGCAAGCGAAAGAGACCCCCAGCAACUGACAAGAACUGGAAUAAGCAGUGUAAUUUCCCCAACAAUGCUAUGUAUAUUACACACCAUUCUCGAUAACCAGUGGCACGGAGACUUAAUCUGCACAGGGGAACUACAACUGGCUGCAAUGACAAAUGACCAAGUCAGACAUGGGUAACUAUUUCCUCAUAGCCAUCAGCUGUCUCCCUCUUCUUCAUGUGGGUGUCCGUGCCGAAAAAUGCAACACAACUGUUGUGGCAGAACGUGAUAUAUUUCAUGUCCCAGAAGGGGUCAGUCUGUCUCUGUCCUGUGUGGUCCAGCACUGUGGAGACAGUUGGACAGGACAUUGGAUGUGGACAAAUUCAACAUAUGAAUUUGUAAAGUUUGUUAAAGAAAGUGUGAGGCACCAUUUCACCAAUAUGACACUAUCAGCCAAUAAAGCUCAGCUAAUUUUGACUUUCCGGAAUGUCAACCAAUCAGACGAAGGUUUUUAUGGAUGCAGGGUUGUAUGGGGCCAAGGUGACAUUGAGCAGGGGCAUUACAUGUAUGUGAACAUCACUGCAGCUGUCCCCUCCAAGAGGAGUGUAUUGCACAAGGCUUUGGUCUGUGCCACUGCUUUUCUUUGUCUUCCCAUCCUUCUCGGACUGGCUCAUUGUCUGAGCUCAAAAGUCAAGCCUCAGCCAUUUCCCAGGACACUGUCCACACAUAGAUCUUUACAAAGAGACCAACCACACCCAGCCCCACAGCCUCCACCACGCUGCCCAGUUCCCCAGAAACUUAGCACUUCUCCUCGCAAGGCUCCCCCCAAGUCCCAGCAGAAAGCAGAUGUGGUGUAUGCAGACAUUUCCCAGGGUGCACUGGGACAGCAGGGAGCCCCCAGAGAGCCUGCUCAGUCCACUGUGUACUCAUCCCUCAGAUUUUCUUGAGAAGCAGGUGGAAAGUUGUCUGCUGAGGGCCCACUCCAUACUACCUUUCGAGGAACUCUGAUUCAUCUUCUUCAUUUUAAAUAAACUCAUGGAUUCAUGGGACCUGAGAGCUUCUCACUUUAGGACCUCAUCUUUGAGACAUUGAGACAAUAUUUCACUCAUAAUUAAUUCCUGAGUUCAAGAUUUGACCUGCAUUUUGUGGAAAAUCAUUAAAAUGUAGGAUGACAUAAGAUACAAAAGAUUCCAGCAGAGUGAUGCUUGUCUAUGGACUCUCCUGAUCUUAUCCUGACAUAGAAGAGGAGAAAAGUGCCAGAAAUUCAUCAUAUGCACAUAACCUAACAGGCAGCAAGUGGAGCAGGUAAUGAUGAAAUGCUGCAGUAUAUUAGCUGCUGAACUGCCCUGCAUUGCUGUAAAAAUUCAGUGUUGCUUCAUAAUUUCACUAAUGUAGAUGCUUUUGUUUUGAAAAAUGUAGCUGUGAACAAGAAAAACAUCCAAUGCAGUUUAAAGGUAUUGCUUAACAUUAAAGAACAUAUAUGUCAGUCUGAUGUGUUCCUGUACAUAAAAUAUUAAACUAUGAGCACAGU